AAGCACAAGUAUCCUGAGAAUCGUAGUGCUCUGACCUACUGGGAGGAAGAAGCUCCUUCAAGACUAGACCUGGGUAAAGAUAAAUAUGGUGGGCCAUUUGCAGAGGAAGAGGUAGAAGAUGUGAAGACAUUCUUUCGUAUGCUACCAUUAUAUAUUGCUACCUUUGCUUUUACCACUUUUUAUUGGAUUCCUCAUGGUAAAUGUGUCAAAUCCUCAGUGUAUUGCAAGGUGUUUGAAGAUUAUGGUACAUAUAAUAUCAGUGUUGUACUCCUAUUCUUCAUUUAUCAGUUCAUCAUUCGUGGUUGCUUCCACAAGUAUAUACCCAGUAUGCUUACUAGAAUAGGUGCUGGUCUUACUGUAUUACUAUUUGGUAGUAUAACUCAAUUAUUGGCACAAGUGUAUCUUCCAUAUGAUUCUCUACAAAUAAUUCAACAAGUGCUUCUUGCAAUUUCAUAUUUUCUUAUUCUUCCGACAGCAUUUGAGUUUACAGUAGCACAGUCUCCAGAACACAUGAGAGGAAUGAUGGUUGGAUUCUGCUACACCUCAUUGGGACUUGGCUCCAUAUUUUCGAGAAUAUUUUUAAUUUUAAUCACAACAUGGUACUAUUACAUAAUAGUGUGUGUCCUCCAGUUGCUUAUACUGAUAAUAUUUGUGAUACUGGCUAGACGUUACAAGUAUCGUGUGAGAGAGAAUGAAGUUAAUAUUGUUCAGAUAGUUGAUGAUCAUUAUCAGAGAUACAUGGAACAAGAAGAUGAAUAUGAGAGACACCAAGUGACUCCAGAAGAUUAUAAUUAAUGUAUCACUGUCAGACUAGCAGCUAAAACUACUUUUUAAAACUACCAAUUUCACCAGCAUACAUUAUUGCUCUCAAAUCCAAUUUUAUACUGCAAUUACCAGAGAUGCAUAUACUAAGAAGAUGGAUGUAAACAAACUUUAAAAGAUUCUUGAAACAGAAUUAUUUAAGAUUAAUUGAGAGACCUAAGUUACUAGGUGUAUGAUACAUACUUUGUUAUUGUAAUGGCUUCAUAGCUGCAUGAGGCAUUUUAAGUCAUACAUUAAUUGGUUUUUAAAUUUCAAGGAUAA